UUUUUCACUUAGGCCCUCCUUUUUCCCUUCAACUGCCAUAAUUGCUCUUCACCAUCAAAUUCUCUAAAUAAAAAUGUUCCUUUUUAUUUCUCAAUCAAUAAUUCAACACCUUGACUUGUUAAAAUCCUCAUAAUUUUUGCUACAAAAUCCAUAUUUUCACACUUUUAAUCCAAAAAGUACCAUUUCUUGAUGCCCAUUUAUUUAUUUUUCUUAAUCUUUCACUUAUGAUCACCAAAAUUAAGCAACCCUUUAAGCCCAAGAUCCCAAUAAUUUCAAUCCCACAAUUUUCUAACUCAUUUUUGAAGUUUUCUAUAAAGUCAAAAUCAAGAUUUGACCAAAAGAGUGGCAAUAAUUGUAGGUUAUUGUGGGUUGAUGAAAGUGGAAAAAUGGAAUUAUUGAGAAAAUUAAACAGAGGGUGUUUUAGGAAUAGUUUAAAAAAAGGUCAGAAGGUUGAAAUUGAGUCAGUUAAUGAUGGUGAAGAUGUGUUUGAUGCUGCUUCUGCUAAAGCAAAAUUGCAGCCUGAACAUCUUGUUGUUAUGGUCAAUGGUCUUAUUGGGAGUUCUGCAGAUUGGAGAUAUGCGGCUGAGCAAUUUGUCAAAAGGCUCCCUGAUAAAAUUGUUGUUCACUGUAGUGAGCGCAAUUCUUCUAGGUUGACCUUUGAUGGUGUUGACCAGAUGGGCGAGAGACUUGCAAAAGAGGUGGAGGAUGUGAUCAAACGGUGGCCUGGGGUGCGCAAGAUCUCUUUUGUUGCUCACUCCUUGGGUGGCCUCGUAGCAAGAUAUGCUAUUGGGAGGCUGUACGAACGUCCAACGAAAACAGAAAUAGUUGAUCUUAAUGGCUCCUGCCUAAUCAGGGAAGGGAAUGUGUCUUUUGAAGAAACUGUUGCUGGAUUGGAACCUGUGAACUUCAUAACAGUUGCAACCCCGCAUCUGGGCUCAAGAGGGCAUAAGCAGCUGCCACUUCUCUGCGGUCUCCCUUUGCUGGAGAAAGGGGCAUCACAAACUGCUCACUGGAUUGUCGGGAGAUCUGGAAAGCAUCUAUUCCUCACUGAUAAAGAUAAUGGGAAGCCUCCUCUUCUCCUUAGGAUGGUCAAUGAUUCAGAUGAUCUCAAGUUCAUGUCAGGAUUACGCUCAUUUAAGCGUCGAGUGGCAUAUGCAAACGCAAACUAUGACCAUGUUGUUGGAUGGAGAACAUCGUCAAUCCGCCGUCAGAAUGAACUUCCAAAGUCUAACCUUCAAAUAAAGGAUCAGAAAUACCCACAUAUCGUAAACGUUGAGAAGGUUUACGAUAAAGUAUCUUCACUGGAAGCGAAGAAAAUGGAUGAUUUAGAAGAGGAGAUGAUUGAAGGCCUUACGCAAGUGCCAUGGGAACGAAUUGAUGUUAGCUUUCAUGAAAGCAGACAACGAUAUGUUGCACACAAUACUAUCCAGGUGAAGACCUAUUGGCUAAAUUCAGAUGGCGCAGAUGUGAUUGAACAUAUGAUAGAUAAUUUCCAUCUCUAAGUUUCUGUCAUCGAGGAUUGGCUGUCUUUGUGAUGGCUCCUUUAACUUAUCAGUAACACCUAUGGUACUCCAUUUGCUAAGUCCUAGUCACAAGCAUAGCCACGAAAUUGGUGUCUUGUAUGUAUAUCAUGUGUGAAUGUAUCUUCAAGAACCUCACAAGAUUUUCGUUGAUCAGAAUUUUUGCAAUAUAUUUUCUCAUUUUCUUU